AUGGAGGAGGAGGCAGCUGUCGGGGUUGGCCCUGCCGGUUUGCCUCAGAGCGGUUCGCGAUGGCGUGCCGCUCGAGGGAAACGAGCCGCUGGAUCAGCCGGAGAGGCUAGUUGGGCCAGCAGCGUGAUCAAUUUGGUUAAUACGAUUAUCGGCGCUGGUGUACUCGCGAUGCCACUCGCAAUCUCGCACAUGGGAAUCGUUCUCGGAGUUUUGGUGAUUCUGUGGUCUGGAGUGACAGCGGGAUUUGGCCUUUACCUGCAAUCCCGAUGCGCGCAAUAUCUCGAUCGUGGCAGCGCUUCAUUCUUUGCGCUAUCGCAAUUGACAUACCCUAAUGCUGCUGUUGUAUUUGACGCAGCUAUUGCGAUCAAAUGUUUUGGUGUUGGCGUGAGCUACCUGAUUAUUAUCGGUGAUCUCAUGCCCGGAGUCGUUCAGGGCUUCGUCGGAGGCGAACCGGUUUAUGACUUCCUCGUUGACCGUCAUUUCUGGGUAACAGCUUUCAUGUUGAUCGUGAUUCCUCUUUCCUAUCUGCGCCGAUUGGACUCCCUCAAGUACACCAGUAUCGCGGCCUUAGUCUCCAUGGCCUACUUGGUUGUCUUGGUUGUCUACCACUUUGUCAAGGGUGACACAACGGCAGAUCGCGGCCCAGUUCGCGUAAUUCACUGGGCUGGCGCGGUUCCGACCUUGAGCAGCCUUCCAGUUAUUGUCUUCGCAUUUACUUGCCAUCAAAAUAUGUUCUCCAUCCUCAACGAAAUAAAGAAUAAUAGCCACUUCCGCACAACGGCCGUUGUCCUCGCGAGCACCGGUAGCGCCGCUGCAACCUAUAUCCUGGUCGCCAUUACAGGCUACCUCUCUUUCGGAAACAAAGUCGGUGGCAACAUUGUUGGCAUGUAUCCCCCUGGAGUUGCCGCUACAAUCGGUCGUGCCGCGAUUGUCAUGCUCGUUGUCUUCUCCUACCCACUCCAAUGCCACCCAUGCCGAGCCUCGGUGGACGCCGUCUUGAAAUGGCGCCCGAUGUCGCAACCCACUGGCACCGAGGCCUCUCCGCACCGACACCCUCUGCUUGGCCCGCGUGGUAACCGCAUUCCAGAGCCGAUGAGCGACCUUCGUUUCUCCGUCAUCACCACUACCAUCCUCAUUCUGAGUUACAUCGUUGCUAUGACGGUAUCGUCCCUCGAAGCUGUACUUGCAUAUGUCGGAAGCACUGGCAGCACUAGUAUCAGUUUUAUUCUGCCAGGUCUUUUUUACUAUAAGAUCUCCUCUCCCGACUCGCCCACCCACCGUGGUCUGCUGAAGGAGGACGACGAAGCAGUUGACGACCUAUCUGAUGACGAUGAUGAUACUGAUGCCGACGGUGAAGGCUCUCUGGCACGCUCAUUGACCGAGAGCGGCCUGCUGCUCCGCAACACCCGUCACUGGCGUAAAGCCCUACUCCGACGCCUGAGCUUGGGCCUAGCAAUGUACGGAGUUUUGGUCAUGGUUGUGUGCCUGAUCACGAACACCUUCUUCAUUGCAUCUCAUUGA